AUGAAGAGACAGGCAUCGUCUUCUGGUGCAUCACUUCCGAGCACCACGACGACGGCUACCGUGGAGAAGGCCUUUCUUUGGUGGGACCAGCUUGACAACACGUGCGAGUGCAUGGAGGAGUGGGGCGUCGGCAAGGGCGUAACCAAGGAGCAGUGCCUUGCGUUCAUGGAUGACUGCGGCAUCGGGCUGCACGACGAACUCGACGACGAGGAAUGUGGCUUGGACGAGGGUGGUUGUGCUGUCGACUCAGAGACUGACGAGGACACCAUCGUUGUGCAGCUGGAGAUUAGCGACACUGUGGGUUCCGAGGGCGCUUUGGCGAUCAAGGCGCGAACGAUGGAUGGUCGUGAGUUUGCACAAACGACCUUGGAUGCCAAGAAGACAUUGGUGCGCACACUCAUCGAUGACUUGGCCGCAAAGUAUCCCUGCUCACCUCUCGCCUUGCGCCUGGUGCUGCCUGGUGGUGGCUGCAUCGAUGUUCUCGAAACAGCCAACCAAGUUCUGGCGGCAGUUCGCCUCGCCGUGCCCGUGCAGCGCGUGCACGGCCUCUACACCAACCAGAGCCACUCCCCCGUACCCGCGCCCGGAGGCCGACAUCGGAUCAUGUUCUCGCGCUUGGGCGUGUGGUCCGGCCAAGCCGGCCCGGCCUUGCUGGAACUCCUUUGGUCCUUCUUUGGCGAGGAGCAACAGAAAGGCAACUUCCCCUUCGAGCCGGUGUUUCUGAGCGUGCGGGUGAGGGCCGUCCCCACGAUCUAUGCCGUCACCUACGAGGAGAUGUCCCAGUUCUACGCGUGCGUCUUUUGGCCAUGGGAUGUGAUGAUGAUGCUCUUCAGUGAGCUGUACACUAUGCUCGUGCCCUUGUUCCUGCCCGAUCGCCAUUGGAUUGCGCGGCUCCCAGGCUCAGAGGCCGCCUACUGGCUAUCCCUCACGGAGUUCGAGCAGUCGGAAGCUCAGUGUUUGAGGGAUUUGCCGAGGUAUCCCAGCCUUGGUCAUUUCCGCAGCGUCCCAGAUCUCUUGGCGCAGCUGCGGCAGCUUGAUCCGGAGGAGGCCAAGCGCGGCAUGAGAGCCUUCAACGAGGUUGGGAAAUUCCAUGCUGCCGUGGCUGUGAUCCGGCAGAAGACCCUCACUGUCUGGACCGGGACUGCCAGGCUCUUGACAUGUGCUAAAGUCUGCCAAGCGGCGAGACGCUUCCUUUCGCGGCAAGAUGUGCGAGAGAGCCUGGUCACCUCACUGCCGGAGGAUGCUUUUGCCCUCACCUCACCUCUAUGGCGCCUGUUGAGGAGCGCCAUCGCAGCUGGAAGCCCCUGCAGCACCGCCAUGUUGAAGCCGACCUUUACGGUGAUGGGAAGGCCAGCAGCUCGCGCAACGAGCUGUAGAGGUGGAAGGUCGCGGCUGCUGGGGCGCUGCUUCACGGUGUCUGCUCAAACGGGAGACGUGGCCCUGGUCACCCUGGCGCUGCAGUGCCGGGCGGACAUUGAGCAGAGGAUCAACGGCCAGAGCGCCCUGGACUCGGCGUCGCAGGCCGGGCAGGUGCAAAUCGCAGAGGUGCUGUUGCAAGCCCGCGCGGCAGCGACUCAGACGGCGCAGGGCCGCUGGACUCCGCUGAUGCGUGCAGCGCAGGGGGGACAUCUCAAAGUCUGCGAGCUCCUCUUAGCCUCCGGCGUCGACCCGGACGAGUGGGCCGAGCGGACUACGGCCUUGGACGUGGCGGUGUCCCUUUCGCACUUGGAGGUGGUGAAAGCUCUGGAGGCCAAGCAGGCCCGGAGGUUCAUUGAACUGCCGGCAGCGAGGCGAAAAGUCGCGGCUUCCACGAGCUUUCGAGGGGCCCUGGAGAGCUUUCGGCGGCCUUCCAGGAGAUCCGGACGGGGCGUCCUUUGUGGCUCGGCCUCUCUACCGCUGCAGCCGAGAGUGCGCAUCCCCGCGGCAGAUGCUGAAUCUGACGAGGAAGACGACGAGUUCGGAACAGCUAAGUAUUUGUUAACCUUUCUGUGCCAUCGCAAGGCGGAGGUGGGAAACUUUGGGCGCCUCGCCGGUGGCAUCCUAGCUGCAGCGAUGCGCGAGACUACUUAUGUGGAUGCCGUGGGGAUGCUCUCUCUGAGCAAUGCAGCCAAAGCCGUUGCGCUUGCCAAUUCCAUGGCCGAGAACCAGGCAGCCUCCAAGCACCUGGCAUUUCAGCCAGAGCUGCUUUCCGAGGAGGAGAACGACGUCGAGAGGAGGCUCUGCCGCCUGGUGGUGACAGCCAGGACCCCUCAAAAAGACGAGGAGCCCAGGGAUUUCUCCAAAGGCGGCAUCUUUGUACCCCAAAGCUCUCCCGGCGAGGGUUCGGCGACCAGGACGACCCCUACAACUCUCGCGAGGACGGCGCUGGGGCAGUGGAUGCGCUACACCGUGCCGGACCUCCGCCAGGCAGCGCGCUCAGCGGCCCGAGCCGCCAGCGCCGGUGAGAAGGCCGUAGCGUCGGCUUCAUCCACGCCCGGCAGGCAAAAACCUCCUUUUCUGAUAGCCAUGGGACCGCCUGCCAUCGCUAUGGGGGUGAAGUCCCUCGCCUUUGUCUGCAGGGAUGUCAGAAAGGAGCACCUGGACGGUGUUCCACCCGUGCUGGUGGUUCCCAGACUCUGGCAGAGAAAGGUGAAGCUGGAGAGUGGAAAGGACAGGAUCAGCAAGCAGCUCGUCCUCUGCUUGGUGCGUGACCUUCGCGCUUCGGAGACUUCGGAUGCGAUGCGGUGA